GAGACACCCAGCAUUCCAGAUCCCGCCACUCCGCUACCUAUGGAAUGUUUGCUCCCUGAGGAUGUGCUAGUGCGCAAAUCCUUUCAAAAGGUUGUCGUGACAUGGACGUGCACCACGUGCACUCGGGAAUGCAUUCCAGUCCGGGACGAGAGUCGUUGUCUAUGUGGCCACCGCCUCAAGGAUCACCCGAGUUUGAGCACCGAUACACGCGUAAAGGACAAGGCUACAUUCAACGCGUUCGCGUGCACGUCGGCAAAGUGUCCGUGCCGGUCGUUCUUCUACAUUGUUGCCGAAGGCGCGUGGGUGCUCCGGUGCCGAUGCAAACACAAACACAUUGACCACGACGCGACUGCGGCCCCAUUUCGGUGCAAGAAGUGUCUGUGCGACGGGUUUCACAGCCCUUGGGUUUGCAACUGUGGCCAUCCAUGGGACGAACACGUCCAAGCCCAAGUUGUAAAAACGUUUACCCCCUUGCAAAUGGAUCUCGGGGCUGAACUCGGACAAGUCUACCGAACAGAUCUAGUGGCCGAGCCAUUGCGUCUGUAACAACACCAGAUCCAAGUCGACCCACCUGACCACAAUGGCACAACAACAAUCGUGUUCAUGUGCUCGACUUGUUCGAACAGCUCGAGCCACCAGCCAAAGACGUACAUGAGCCAGACAAGCGCAGCUAUCUUCCGC